GUACAUUUCUACACAGAGUGACUUCUUUGGAACACGCCCCAGCUUCUCCGAGAGAGUGACGGCACAGCACUGGCGAGCGAUGAACAACUGAUGAGUGCAUUCGGAGUUUCGGACCGACUUGCCGAACCAUUCUCACUAUUCGCCCGUCACCAUUUGGUCAAGUUUCUUCAACACUCCCUUCCCCAUAGGGACCAAUCAUGUCGACGGGGCAAGUAUUCCCAGGCUGCACAAUGCUGGAAAGCACAUAUGCCCUGGGGACGUUUUGUGGCGCAGGGUUGACGCACGUGCAAGCACAAGCCCAAGCCGAACCGACCAAUUCCAGUCAACUCUUUCUUUGCGAGACUGGACACAGGUAUUUCAGCAUUUGCGCCUCGCGGCUCUCUGCAGGACUGUGAUGAAGCGAUGGACUUGCUGCUUCGGCUCCUUGCAAAUACAUAGGGGGCGGUACGCGUUCGCUGCGCUGCUCGAUCUCGCCCGGAGGGCGAAAGUAGCGUACA